GAUUCCAAACAAACGCCCACCGCUGACUUUAGGUUAGAUGUAAUCUUUUCCCAGUUUCUCUUCUGUCGACAUUCGACAAACUUCUCCUCCAUCUCUGUAGGUCUCGAGCUCCACCCUGCCAUUGCCGAAGCCAAGCUCUGCUUCUUCCCUCAAGCUCGAAUCCUUCCUAUCCGUCGCCGACGUUCGCUUCUGAGAUAUUGGAGGCGUGGAGAACUGAAGAUGAUUAAGUUGCACUUUGUUCCUCUGGAAUGAUUUUUGCUCGCCGGAAUACCCAUUUCACGGUCUAGUAUUUUGCAUGGGGAAGUUGUUGCAAACUGAGAAAUGAUUUCAAUGGGUCAAGAGGAGGAAGCUCUGGUUGUGUGAUUCUCUCUAUGGCAUGAUGAGUUACUCUUUGAUGUCUUAUUCGGGUUCUAUCUGUUUUCUGGUCUAAUGCCGGCACCUACCUGUAGAUUCCUUGGGUUUCAUCUUUCGUCGGGUCCGAUGAGGUAUUACUUACCUCAUCUCAGUUCUCUUUUCUCAUUGUACCGAUCUUCGACAAUGGACCUCCGAUCAGCUUUCUCAGAAAGGGAAGAAUCAUCAAAUCAUACUGUCCUGGAUGAACGAUAUGUUCUUGGGGAACUUUCUAACCUGCUUCCGACAUCACGUAAAACCUCAAUAGCAACCUUAGAGAAGGAUAGUAGUUCCAGGAAUCAAGUAGCUAUAAGAGCAGCUGAUGCAUUUUUGUCCCCAGAAGACAAACUUAGAGGUGUGUUUCUUCAGAAAUUGAAAGGGAAAGCAGCCAUAGAGAAGGCCUUAACCGAUGUUGGUAUUGAUUUGAGUAUUGAUAUUGUGGCCAAUGUUGUCAACAGAGGGAAUCUGAGUGGUGAAGAAAUGGUAACUUUCUUCAAUUGGGCAAUUCGUGAACAUGGUGUACCUAAAGAUGUGGAUAUCUGUAAUGUGAUUCUAAGAGCGCUGGGAAGGAGAAAGUUUUUCUCACACAUGAUGGAUCUGUUGUGGGGAAUGGCAUUCGAAAGGGUUAACCCCAACCUGCAGAGCGUAACUAUCGUUAUGGAUUACUUUAUCAGGGCUAAUUACGUGCAAAGGGCACUGAAACUGUUUGAAGAAAGUGAAGAGUUUGGGGUCCAAUGUAAUACCGAGCUUUUGAACAAACUCUUACGGUGUCUCUGUGAACGUUUGCACGUCGGUUCUGCAAACACGUCGUUCAAUUCAAAGAAAGGGAAGAUACCAUUCGAUAACUCGACUUAUAACACUCUGAUCAGUGGGUGGUCGAAGCUUGGUGAUAUUGAGCAAAUGGAGAAGAUUUUGAGGGAGAUGGUGGAGGCUGGACUCAAUCCCGACUGUUUGACAUUCAGCCACCUUAUCGAAGGGUUAGGGAGAGCUGGUAGAAUGGACGAUGCUGUUGAGAUCUUUGAUCACAUUAAAGAAAAGGGUAUUGUUCCCAACACAAGUGUGUACAACGCCAUGAUCUCUAAUUUCAUUUCUUCUCGAGAUUUCGAUGAAUCAAUGAGGUAUUACAAAAGGAUGUUGGAUAAUGGGUGUGAGCCAGACUUGGAUACCUACACCAAGCUUAUUUUGGGGUUCAUCAAAGCCCGAAGAGUUGCAGACACGCUUGAGAUGUUUGAAGAGAUGUUAUCACGUGGUAUCGCUCCCACCACAGGGGUCAUCACUUCUUUCCUUAAACCGCUAUGUAGCUAUGGUCCACCACACGCUGCAUUGGUUAUCUAUCAGAAAGCAAGAAAAGCGGGUUGCAGAAUAUCGCAGAGCGCUUAUAAGCUGUUGCUUCAGAGACUAUCGAGAUUUGGGAAAUGCGGGACAUUGUUAAACGUGUGGGACGAGAUGCAAGAGAGCGGUUAUGCUUGCGAUGUGGAAGUAUAUGAGUACAUUGUUGAUGGUUUAUGCAACAUUGGGCAUCUGGAAAACGCUGUGCUUGUGAUGGAAGAGGCAAUUCGAAAGGGAUUUUGCCCGAACCGGCUUGUUUAUAGCAGACUGAGCAACAAACUCAUGGCUUCGAACAAAACUGAGAUGGCUUAUAAGCUGUUUCUAAAGAUUAAAGAGGCUCGAGGUCGGGAAAAUGCCCGCAGAUAUUGGCGGUCAAAUGGAUGGCAUUUUUGAGCUUAUAAGCUGUUUCAUCUUUUGUUAGUUCAAAAGGGUGGCAUUUUCGUUCAGCAAGUUGAUAUUUUGAGACAGGAACAAAUUGAACAAAAGCAGACAAAUUCUGAGUAUGACAAGCUCUAGAGCAUCUUGGGAAUGUGACAAGAUCCUUGAAGAUGUCCGACUCUUCGUUGGUUAUAGGAGAAACAUCCGAGACAGAGAAUAAGAAUAAGUUUCUUGAGAACUGCUGGAACUGCCUUACCUCACUAGAUUCACUCCUGCUGCUUCUUUCAGGAUAUAGCAACGUCAGAGGGAUCUGAGCCAAAAAAGAAUCAUGGGUCUAUUAAACGAAUCCCACCAAGAUUCGGACAGCUCUGAAGGGAUAAUAUAGUUCUCGACGAAAGAGGAACACCAAGUCUUUAUGGUCCAGGAAUCCUGGACGGUACUCAGUCGUCCAUACUGAUGAUCAAGAACAGGCUUGUGCAAGUUCAGAGGCAUGCCAAAGUUGAACGGAUCAAUAUGAACAUAAAGCCCUUCCCUUGUUGUUGUCUCUCUUCUCCAGGCAACCUUCUGAUAGAUCUCUCGGGCACAGAGCAUAAAACCAGAGAGUGUUCUCCAUCUCUUUUUGUCUUGUCCUGACCCAAUCUUUUCUUGUUGGUUUUAACAAAUUCUCUCCAAUUUUUUUCCAUGGAUAAAUUGAUCGUUUAGUAUGAAAGAAAAGGACUCCCUAAUUUGUUAACACCAUAUUCUAGGGUUUUGAACCAAACCAUUUGGUUUUUUUUUAUGUUAGUAAUGGAUUGGGUUAAUCCAACCCAUUAAUUCAUAUAACCCAAAUGGGUUGCAUCCAAAU